AUGCCACAGCAAGCACCUCAGAAUGCUUCGAAGUCCGUCAAAGCCGUGCUGCACCAACGUGCGAAUCGUAUAGGGAAAGUCGAGGCCAGAAUCCAGAAGCUCGAAUCUGGUCUUCAGGAAGUGUGCACCAACUGGCCACGAUAUGUUCAUGCCCAUCAUCAGCAGUUGAUUCAAGAGCAUGCCAAAUGUGUCCAGUUUUGCCACGAAGCGACCAAAGAACUGAAGACCUUGAAGAACGAGUUGGCUACCUUGACCAGUACUGCACCUUUGCAAGCUUUGCCCAGCCAAGUCGAUGCGAAGCAGCCACCAGUAAUGCCUGCAGGGAUGGAUCCUGUGUUUGUUCAGCAGGCACCAAUGGAGGUCGACGACUCUGCACAUCUAGCAGCCGGCAACCCAACCAUGAACAUGUUCCCAAUGCCAGCCGCUUGGGCAGAUUUGAGAACGGUUAUGCCGAAUGUGCCAAGCGUCAGCACUCUGCCGCUUGCCUACGAGAAUGUUGCGGGCACUGGAAUUCCCAUGGAGCUGCCAUCAGGCCAGAAACUGAGUCAGGAUGCAUCGACCACUGCUAUGCCGGUUUUGCCUGCUCCGAUUUCCGGGGCGUCUGCCGAAGUAGGGGCAGCCAUGGUACAUCCUGUGACUACAGCUCAGAACGACCUCAAGCAGCCACCAGGAGUCUGGGAUUGGCCACCUCCAGUCCCCGAUCUCCCAGCCCACAUGAUGCAGAUUAUCGACCCUUCCAGCAGUGCACCAGUCACAAUGCCGAAAUUGUCGCCUGGUCAGCAUGCUCAGAUGACGAUGCCAGAAGUGCUGACCCCGCCGCGUACCAGCCCCACAGGUCAAGCACCAUUGCCUGUGAGCAUGAGUCCACCCUCUGCCGAACUCCUGAAGAUCGUUCUCAAUGCAGAAGAAGGGCUCAAAGAGUUACAAGAACAGACCACGGGGGAACCGGCUGCCGAAUUGACACCAGAGAUGCAACAGCAGCUGGAACAGUUUGCGCAACAACAAGCUUUUUGUCAUGCGCAAAUCCAAGCUUUUCAAACAGCUGCAAAGCAACGCAAACAGCAGCAGCGAAGUUCACAGCCUACAACACCUGUCGCGCAGCCGACAGUGCUAGCUCCCCCUGUGCCAGCAGGAUCCCAGUUACCAUCCGACCAUUGGUCGGUCACCAGCUCCCCUGCCAAGCCUCAGCCAAGCACUGGCAAGCAGCCGGAGCACUACCAGAUGAACACCAGUCCGCCAGGGGAGAGGCGAACCAAGAUUUCCAAGACCUUGGAAGGGCCAGUGCAUUCCCAGCCAUCUGGUGUAGAUGGUUUGCCUACACCACCAGAUUCCGAGAUUCCUUCACCUGUUCCCACCGAGGUUGCUACGGAAGAUGGGGAUCCCGAGACAAUGGAGGCCGAGAGCCGGUUGCAGUUGCAGUCCCUGGAUUUCUUGCAAUUUUUGCCCGAUUGUCCUGCCGAAAUGAGUACGCUUUUGUCAGGUGUGCCGGUCUGGCAGGGUGAACUAGUCACUCAAGUCAUCGUCUAUGUAGAUGGAUCCAGCUAUAAUCGACAGGCUACAGAUGUCGGUCUAGCAGCAUGGGCUUUCAUUGUCAUUCUCCAGAUUUGUUGCGGCGACAAUGAUUUUGCUUACCGAUUUCUUUGUGCCACGUCCAGUCAGCUUUCAUCUGCGCUGGAACCAAUCCAUCAAAAUUUUUCCAUGGGAGAAUUGCUGCACGAUGCUUUGACCGCUGAAGCUGUUGGCAUGGUUUGGGCCAUGCUAUGGGCUAUUCAAUGCCGCAUUGAUGCACCGUUUCUUUUCCACUACGACAACCAAACUGUUGGACGAUAUGCAGCUGGCUUUGGCCAAUGGGAACACUGCUGGGAAUAUACUGCCUUGCAAGAGCGGUUGCGCUCUGUUCGACAUUUUCUCACGGCCAUUGGAAAGCGUUUUUGUCAUGAACAUCUCAAAGCACAUGUAGGCCAUGAAUCACGCAUUGAUUACGUGUGCUUGCCACAGGAGCAUCGUCAAGCCCGUCGACAGUUCUCCCCGUUGCCAGCUGUGCUCUUAGAGGACGGCACAUUUGCUCCUGAUUCGGCAUCCGCUCAAGAACGAUGGCGAAGUUUCUUCGCACAGCCUGAGGGUGGGAUAUCUGUAACCACCCCUCAGCUCCAGGAACUGGCCCAGCUCCAAACUGUUCAAUAUCCUCCUGGUCAACUGCCGUUUGACCGACGCCAGAUUCCGACCUUGGGUGAUCUUGAGGAUUUACUACUGAAAGCCAAACUUGGCAAAGCACCAGGAUUGGAUGGCCUGCCCGCUGAACUGUUUCGGCUCCAUCCUCCCUUGUUUGCUCAAUGCCUUUGGCCCUUGCUUGCCAAAUGCGCCAUUCGCUGCACUGAACCGCUCAUUUGGCGGGGUGGGGAGAUCGUUGCUCUACCCAAGACGCACAACAUCUCCUAUCAGGCCAAUGGUUGGUCGCCUGAUUUGCUCACAGAGUUUCGACAAUUUCUUGAUGCCGAUCCUGCGUUGGUGCAAGCACAAGUACCUGAUUUGCUUCAGGCACAGCUCCAAGCCGUGCUCUCGACCACCUGGUUCAUGCUCAAGAAUCACGAGUCUAGCCUUACAUCCACCAUCACCGGCACCCGCCCUGGUGAUUCGCUUGCAGAUUUGCUGUAUGGUUUUUUGAUGGUUCGCUUCACUAAAGAGCUCCAUUCUAGGCUCGUUGAGGCAGGCCAUGCCUCUGUUCUUCGCCUUGAUUGGGUGCCUGGUGCUGAUUUGUCACAUGAAGCAGACAGCUUCGUUCAGCUCACUCAUGCCUCCUGGGUCGAUGACUUGGUGUUGUUAGCUGAAGACCCCGAGCCGGCUCGCAUGUUGCAGAGCGCUUCUGAUCUUGUGGCAAUUGCCUAUCGUACAGCUGCCCAGUUUGGUCUCAAGCUGAACCUUCAGCCUGACAAGACGUCUGUUGUUCUUGCCCUGAGGGGAGCCAAUGCACACCAAACAUGGCAUUCGAUCCUUGCGGAACCACAUGCCUCCUCGAUUGCAUUUCGAUGUCCGGUCAUGGUCUGUCCUGAACAAGCCCGUGUUGUUGUCCUCCCAGAUUAUAUUUAUCUGGGUUCGCUUCAGGAUCUCAAAGGACAUCCUGCCGCUGAGGUCCAUCGUAGGUUCAUGUUGGCACUGCCUGCCAUGAAGAUGCUGACUCGCAAUGUGUUUCGUUCGCCAUAUAUGCCUGCCAAGACCAAGUUCAACCUUUUUCAGUCCCUAGUGCUCAGUCGUUUGAUGUACGGGGCUGGAGCUUGGAUGUCGAUGCAUGUCCAAACCCUUCGUUCCUGGCACCGUGGCCUGAUGCGUAUGCUGGCCCGGAUUGCUCCCACAGUGCGCCGUGGGCCUGGUACUCGAACUUUGGACAUAUUGGCCGAUUGUGGCCAUGUUCCGCCCAUGAUGCUGCUCAUGAAGUCUCGACUCAGCCUUUUUGAUCGGUUGUGCCAAAUUGACACCAUGGAAGCGUUGUUUGCUGUUCUCCAAAGCUUGCACGGUCCUGCCAGUUGGUUGCCUCGUGUUCAGGCCGAUGCACAGCGUCAGUACUUGAGCUAUUUGCAACUUUGGAAAAGCUUUCGUCAAUUCCUUCAGGACUUCAACAAUGAAGCUGCUGCGCUGGGUGUUGUUCGGGUCCAGCCUCCUGAACCUAUGCACCUUGACCACACCUUCGCAUGUCCUGAGUGUGGAAAGACGUUUGAGUCCCUGCGUGCCAUGGGUGCUCACGCAUUUCAGAAACAUCGAGCGGUGAAUUUGGCCCAGCGCUAUACCAGCUCGAAUGUCUGCCGUGCUUGCCUUCGCAUUUAUGACCACAGGGAUUCUGUGUUGCAUCACCUCAAGUACUUUCGUACUGGCUGUUUGCUUAAGUUAAUCACCUUAGUCCCGCCCUUAGACAAUGCCCAGCUCGAUGCUGUCCACCAGGACAUUGCCAAUUCUCGACUUGCCACCAAACGCCAAUUGCGGCGUGGACGCCAUCGUUGGCCACCGAGUCGUGCAUUUGGACCGCUACGUGCUUGGCCAUGGACUGUUGCAUGCUCUCAGGCAGGACGUGAUACUCGUCCAUGUGAACCUUUGCUCCCUGGAGACUUGGCACCUUGGAUUGCUUCCAUUCGAAACUCGCUGGAGGCCGAUGAUUUCUCUGGAGUGUUAAACGCUUUGAGCGCCAAGCCAUUUCAUGGAGUAUACGUUCAACAGCUGAUUGACCAUUUGCUUCCAACGGAUGCAGCUGUCAAUUGGUUCAUUAUUGAUCAGCAGCGGCGUCUUCACGAAGCGUUUCUGUUAUGGCAGGACAAUGAUUUGCUGCAUCAACCGCUCACACCAUGGAAUGUGUCGCAUGAUACGUUUCGUGCACUGAUGCCGGCCCUUCAACUCUGGCCCGUGGCUCCAGAUGGUGCUGGAGACUUUCAGCUGCCCACUGCAGAGUCCGAUCUAUGGGAUGACACCUGGGUGCCAGCACGUCUUGCUGGUCUGGUGCAACUCGAAAGGAGGACCAAGUGGACCUGGCCCCCGUUUGUGCCUCGACCCUUUUUCAGUUUUCGCAUCUUUUUGUAUGUUUUUUCUGGGAGAAGGCGACCAGGGGACUAUCAAUCCCAAGUUGAAAAGCUUUUAGGCCAGUAUGAUGAUAUUCAGGGCCAUGUGUUGAUGUUGGAUUUAGCUUUGAGUGACACCCACGACGUCACCAAGCCACAGUUGGUUCACCAACUUUUGCGGUGGAUCACUCAACGUGCUGUUGUGGCCUUGCUGGUAGCGCCUCCUUGCGAAACUUGGAGUGAAGCGAGACAUCUACCAGGAGAAGUCAGACCACUUCGAGACCAUUUGCAUCCUUUUGGCUUGGAGGGUUUGGUGCAGAGUGAGCUCCAACAGCUCUGGAUCUCUAGUUAUCUCCUUUUUGUGUCGCUGCGCCUGUUUAUGGCUGCUACCCUUGCAGGGAUCCCGAGUAUUUUGGAGCACCCGCGUGAGCCCAAGAUUUCGUCCCGAGCUUCCAUUUGGCGAUUGCCUUGGGUACAAACCAUGCUUCAACAUGCUCAUGUUCAACGGCACUUCGUUUGGCAGGCCAAGUUCGGGUCGCCGGCCGCAAAGCCGACCCACUUGAUGGUUUCUCAUAUUCCUCGGUUUACCAUGCUGUGCAAGCCAUACCAAAUACAUGUUGACUGGAAGCAGCUUAUUGUGCUCUCUGGGAAGGACUCCACAGGGGCUUGGAAAACCUCUGCGGCGAAGGAGUAUCCACCAGCGUUGAAUGGAGCAUUUGCUGCCUGUCAUGUGUUGACGAUACGUGAUCGUUUACGAGCUUGCUGGUUUGACGAUGUGGCCUCCCGGACCAUAGUGGCUGAGGAGUUUGCAAAGUUGGCCGUCUACUCGGACCAGACUGGUGAGAUGCAGCCGGACUUUGCGCGAGGUCACUAUGACCUUGCGGAGAUGGAUUGA